UUAUGUGCCUUUUGUUUUUGAGCUUCUUCUCUCGGGUCAGUCAUAAAAAAUAAGAAAAACUCUGUAAUCGAAAAAACCGAAGUAAGAAAGCCCUAAGAAUAGAAGUAUAUAACAAGAUUAAGAAGCCAGUUGUUGGGAAUGGAACAAGAAGCCGAGAGAAGCACCAACAUUGUUCCGUCAACCUCUGAUUUAGAUCCGAUAGCACGAGUGAGGAAGCUCUUGUUCCGUCAGAUGCUAGUGGGAGUCAAAGACGGGAGAUUCUUCCUUGGCAAUUUCCAUUGUAUUGACAAGCAAGGAAACAUAAUUCUCCAAGACACUGUGGAGUACCGUAGCAUAAGAAGAUCGUCUCCUUCGCCUACUGAACAGCGUUGUCUUGGUAUGAUCUUAAUCCCUUCCUCUUGCAGGACAUCUUGCCAUGUUGAUUGCUCUAUCGAGGAACAGCUUUCAUUGAUUCAGCUGAAAGCGUAGAGCCUCCUUUUAAGACUUCAUGAGAGAAUCAUCCUAAAUGUCAUCAAUGUGUAUCCAAAUGUUAUCAUGGAUUUGGUCUCUUCAUCAUGCUCAAAAUCAAAACUCUAUUCCAUGUACUUGUAUGCUCAUUGAUUCAUAUGUUUUUGUGAAGAAAAAUGUAUACAUACAUUGGAAACUCAGGAAACUUUUAUAUUUACAUUUA